GCCUCGGUCCAGGCUCCGACAGGCUAGUAACUAAACGACCCCCCUCCGGGCCGGGGGACUGGGGUGUGGGGAGUGGGAAGUGGAGAGUGGGUAGUAGGAGGUGGAGGUGGAGAAUGAGAAGUGGGAAAUAGAAAGCGGGAGCGGGGGCGGAGCGGCUAAGUUGGCGGGAGGCGGCCGGAGAGAAAAGGGCCGGGAGCGUAAACAACUGCGCAAGUCCGGCCGCGGUUUGAAAAGGAACGCAUGCGCGCUAUUCCCCUCCCCCCGGAAAAAACGGAGAGAGGUUGGGUGACGAAUGAAACUGUUAGGCCAAAUGGUGGGGGGGAGUAGAAGAGCGCAUGCGCGGGUCUUUGCAAAAGUGGCGUGAGCUGGGUGGUAUGUCUUUGGCGUUCGGCUUUUUUAAUUUUUUAAAGUUUUCUUGUUUUAUUGUGAACUUAACUUGCGGCUCCCAGAAUUUCUAGGCGACUUUCGUUGUUCAGUAGGCCCCCUUUUUGAAGGAAGUGGGCAUUGAUACCAGUAAAUGAAUAAUUUGCCCAUAAAGGAAAAUAUGAGACAAUUUUUGGUGGAGGAAAGAUGUUGAUUGUGAUCUUAGAUGAAUGCUCCAAAAUUUUGUCUUGACUCCAGUGUUUAAAAAAAGAAUAGUACAUGUUAGGGGAUAGAGAAUUUGUGUGUCUUGAGCCUUUGCAUAGGUGCGUGGCGGCUACCAGUUCCUUAAGUAUAUAGAUGAGCUUAGGAAUCUGGAUCAGAUCAUAGAACUACAGAAUGUUGAAGUUGGAUCACUGACUCUAGCCCAACCAGCCCUUUCCCCUAUACGGUGAAGGAGGAAACAGGCCCCAGAGAAUCACAAUUUUAGGCAGAACAGGCGCUAAAAAUAAGUUUCACAAGCCUAGGUUGAUGGUUUUUUUUUCUAUACUAAGCUCUUUCCUUUUAGGUACCUAAUAUAUGUAAGGUACUAUGCUAGGCCUUGGAGAUAUUAAAGAAAAGCAACAGGUCCUAGUAUCAAAGACUUUGCAGUCUUAAUUUUUGGGAGAGUGGAGACAAGAUAAAUGGUAGAAUUUGAUAAGGACAAAGAGGUUCAAAGUGUUGUAGGAAAAUUUUUCUGGGCUAACAACUAGUUGUCUCCAACUUAACUUCUACUCUUCAAUUCUGGCAGCCAGGUUUCCAAUCUUUAUUUUUUCAAGUGAAAUUUUUCCAAGAUUACUAGUGGUCUCUGCUGCCCAAUCUUUCACAGUCGUUAUUCUUUUUCUUUCUGCAGUAUUUGACACUACCAUCCCCAAUGCUCCAUUCUAGCCUUCCUACCUCCCUGCCUGCUCAUUAGUCCUCUUUGCAGUGUCAUAUCAAUCAGUUAUUAAGUGCCCACUAUAUGCCAAGCACUGUCAGUUGCUGGACAUUCAUAUAUAAAGUGAAAUGAUUUUGAUCUCAGUUUACAUGUUCACAGAUAAAGAAAAUUAAAAAUAUAUACAAAGUACCUGGGUGGGAAGGGACUCAUAACUGUGGGAAGUAAAUUUUAACCUGUACCUUGAGGGAACUGUGGAUUCCCUGAGAUAGAAUUGAAGAAAGAGAACAUUCCAGUAAUGGUCAUGCCAAUGAUUUAAGAAGUUGAGAAGAUGGGAAAUGUAAUGUUGAAUGGGGAGAAGAGCAAAUAGGUCAAUUUGGCAAGAAUAAGUCAGAGACUGGAGUUCCCCAGAAUGGAUUAUCUCAGCCUUGGAAGUUAUCUCCUGGAUAAUCCUGAGUCUGAAAGUUUCUAAAUUUAAGAGUUCUUUAAGCACCAGUCCCAUAGAGAAAAUAUUUCUUCUACAUUGUGCUCUUUUGAAGAAGAAAGAGGACUCCCAGUAGUUGCUGGAACCACCCAGUGUAAACAAGCAGCACCUCAAUCAGACCAGGCUAUUACAAAGUGCAGUGAGCACAAAAGCCAGACAUCAUGUCAUGCUAUGGAAGAUAUGGAGGAGAGACCAAAGUAUAUGUUGGCAACCUGGAAACCGGUGCUGGUAAAGGAGAAUUAGAAAGAGCCUUUAGUUAUUAUGGUCCCUUAAGAACUGUAUGGAUUGCCAGAAAUCCUCCAGGAUUUGCCUUUGUGGAGUUUGAAGAUCCAAGAGAUGCAGAAGAUGCAGUCCAGGGUCUGGAUGGAAAAGUGAUUUGUGGCUCCCGAGUUAGAGUUGAAUUGUCAACAGGCCUGCCUCGAAGAUCCCGCUAUGAUAGACCACCUGCACGCUGCCCGUUCGAUCCUAAUGAUAGAUGUUACGAGUGUGGGGAGAAAGGUCAUUAUGCUUAUGAUUGUCAUCGCUAUAGCCGGCGAAGGAGAAGCAGAUCACGAUCUAGAUCUCACUCAAGAUCCCGAGGAAGGAGAUAUUCUCGCUCACGAAGCAGGAGCCGUGGAAGGAGAUCAAGAUCUGCAUCUCCUCGAAGACCUAGAUCUGCAUCUCUGCGUAGAUCUAGAUCUGCUUCAAUUCAGUCUCGAUCAGGUUCUUUAAAAAGAUCGAGAUCAUCCCGUUCAAGAUCCCGAUCCAGGUCCAGGUCUCUUUCAAGACCUAGAAGCAGCCAAUCAAAGUCCAGAUCACCAUCUCCAAAGAGAAGCCACUCACCUUCUGGAAGUCCUCGCAGGAGUGCAAGUCCUGAAAGAAUGGACUAACAUGAAAAAAAUUGCCUUUUAGGAAGAAAAUUAUUUUGUUUACCUUAUUAUAAGAGAUUUUGUGAUAUCUGUUCAAUGCAAAUGUAACCUAGAAGGGUAUUUGAAUCAUCUAAUAAUCAGAAUGGAUCUGGAUAUUUUAAGAGUUCUGUAAACCUACAUCAACAAAGUAGUAUUAAUUUUUUGUUUUAGAUAUAUAUUAAUAUCCUUUGAUCUAAAAAUGUGGGGAUUUUCUUGUUGGCACAGUAAGAAUAAAAAUGUGUAUUUCUAACUAGACUUCUGAUUUGUGAUCACUACUGUUGACUGUAGCUUGGGCCUUGAGAGCUUGUUAGGCCUGUUCAGGAUGAAUAGCUGGAUGUGACUAGAAGGUGAUAAAAAUGGUUAGGUUGAGUGCAUUAAUGAAAUCUUUCAUAUAUUGAAAACUUUAUCUUUUUCUAGUAGAUAAAUUUGGAAGUAGUUGUUUUAGAGUUAAAAGAACCUUAAUUUUUCAUAAUUGCCUGUCAAAAAUCUGUGACAAAAUCUUAAAUUCUAUGUUAACACAAUGUUAAAUGCCCCAUGAAAUUAUCAUCACCAAGAAACUGUGAUUUGUUAGCUUAAAUUGGUAUGACUGUAGAACAGAGCAUAAAAUUAAACUUGGGGUAAUGCUGAAGAGUUCGUGAAAAGUAAUAUACAACAGCACAAAUCUGAAUUCUGGGCAAUUGUAUUAUGUAGCAGCUAAUGUUUAUACAAGAAGAAGUUUUAGACAAAUAUUCAUCAGGUGAAGUGGUACUAAGGAGUGUUGAGAAAGCCACCAUUUGGGGAUCUAUUGCCCAGGACUAUGCAAUUGUUUUUAGUAAUACAUACAUUUUAGUAUUAAAUUUUUCAGAGUUGGCCAAAAAUGAGCGUAUGUUUUAAGACUUGAUUGGAUUGAGGACUAAGAUAAAUGUAAACUAUCUUUGCAGAAUGGUUUUGUUUCCAUCUCCCACAUCUGUUAACUUCUUGGGCUAAUUUUCUCCCUUGCUACCAAAAAGGGAGAUUUUGGAAGGCCAGUGCAAAGUAUUUAAAUAUAUUGUUGAUUAUAAAACAGAAUAAAACAUGGUUCAUACCAACAGUACAUUUACAUUCUUAGCAUUUGACCUGCCUCUUGGAUCACUUCACAAACUUAAUUUUUUCAUAGAAUCCAAUAAUGUUUCCCACAGCUUAAAUAUAUAGCAUUAUUAGAAUAUUCUCUCACCAAAAAGCACAAGUGAUCUCUAUUUCGAGAUAUUUGUUUGCCAGUUCUAGUUUUAGGACAAGUUUAACUUUUGAGGGCCAUGAUUUUCCAGUGUACCUGGUACUGACAUCUGCCAUAAGUUUAAAAUAUAUCAGAUAGUAAGUCAAUAGUUUAAGUUUAUUAGUUCAUUUUUGAAUGCUUUGAUAUACCCAAGAACUUUUUUUUAAUAUGCUAACGUUUUUGCAGAAAUGUCAGAAAUUGAGGGUUUAAAUAUUGAUUGAGCAAUGUGAUUUUUGCAUAAAAGCCACUUGCAGUGUACUGGUUUAUUUGUUGCAUUUUAUCAGCUUUAACUGUUCUGUACUAUAUUAAAGUAAAUUUACUUUAAAAUAAAUCUGCAGAUAUUAAAAAGCCAAAAACAAAAGAAGGAAGAGGACUACCAAAGUGCCCCAUGCAGCCAGAGGACUGGAACCAUAGUCAUAGGUGGGUGCACAAAAGAUUGCCAGCCUUUGCAUCCCAAUCCUAUGAGUUACUGAGACAGUACAGGUCCAAGGUGUGUGGGGCAUACUUUUAAGUAGCCCCCAAAGUGUAUAUACCUUUGAGAGAAUCUAAUGGGCUAUUUGAAUGCUUUAUGUUUCUGUAAUUGUUUGUGGGCUCCUGUGAGUUCUUUGCAUCUUAUACAUUUUCUAUGGUGAGUGAAAUAAAGUCUUCUUUAGUACCAA